GCUUCCGUUACGCCGCUGAUGUGGAGUAGGGCCGAGCGCGGAACGCGAGGCGCUGCUGGGGUGUGUGUCGCAGCGGGUUUUCCACGGCGGUUUGCGGAGCUGCUAGGAUGGAGCCGGUUGCGGAGGGAGCGAGUGUGACCGCAGUUCCUGUGACAGCUGCCGACAGCACUGAGGAGUUGGCCGAAGUCGAAGGAGUUGGAGUCGUGGGCGAGGAUAAUGACGCAGCCGCGAGAGGAGCGGAGGCCUUUGGCGACAGUGAGGAGGACGGAGAGGAUGUGUUCGAGGUGGAGAAGAUCCUGGACAUGAAAACCGAGGGGGGUAAAGUUCUUUACAAAGUUCGCUGGAAAGGCUAUACGUCGGAUGACGAUACCUGGGAGCCCGAGGUUCACUUGGAGGACUGUAAAGAAGUGCUUCUUGAAUUUAGGAAGAAAAUUGCAGAGAACAAAGCCAAAGCAGUCAGGAAGGAUAUUCAGAGACUGUCCUUAAAUAACGACAUAUUUGAGGCGAACUCUGAUAGCGAUCAGCAAAGUGAGACAAAAGAAGAUACUUCACCAAAGAAGAAAAAGAAAAAAUUAAGGCAGAGAGAAGAGAAAAGCCCAGAUGAUCUGAAAAAGAAAAAAGCAAAGGCCGGGAAGCUAAAAGACAAGUCGAAACCAGACCUGGAGAGCUCCUUGGAAAGUUUAGGUUUUGAUUUAAGGACAAAGAAAAGAAUUUCUGAAGCCAAAGAAGAACUAAAGGAGUCCAAGAAGCCCAAAAAAGAUGAAGUGAAAGAAACAAAGGAAUUAAAGAAAGUUAAAAAGGGUGAAAUAAGAGAUUUAAAGACGAAAACAAGAGAAGAUCCCAAAGAAAAUAGAAAAACAAAAAAAGAAAAAUUUGUCGAAUCCCAGGUGGAAUCUGAAUCAAGUGUACUUAAUGAUUCUGCCUUUCCAGAGGAUGACAGUGAAGGGCUACAUUCCGACAGCAGAGAAGAGAAACAAAACACUAAAACUGCACGAGAGAGAGCAGGGCAGGACACAGGGCUGGAGCAUGGCUUUGAGAAGCCCCUGGACAGCGCCAUGAGUGCUGAGGAGGAUGCCGAUGUCAGAGGCAGGAGGAGAAAGAAGGCCCCGAGGAAGGCUGAGGACGCCAGAGAGAGCAGGAAGCUGGAGAACAAGAACGCUUUCUUAGAGAAGAGAACGGCGCCUAAAAAGCAGAGGACUCAAGACAGAGGCAGAAGUGCUGCAGAGUUCGAGAAGCUGAUGCCCGUGUCUGCCCAAACGCCGAAGGGCUGGAGGUUGAGCGGGGAAGAGAGAGGCUUCUGGUCCACUGACCCAGCUGAGGAGGACAAAGAGACCAAAAAAACUGAAUCCAAAGAAAAAUAUCAGAAAAGGCAUGAUUCUGACAAGGAAGAAAAAGGCAGAAAAGAUCCAAAAGGAUUAAAGGCACUUAAGGAAAUCAGAAAUGCAUUUGAUUUAUUUAAAUUAACUCCAGAAGAAAAAAAUGAUGUUUCUGAGAAUAAUCGGAAAAGGGAAGAAAUACCACUGGAUUUUAAAACCAUAGACGAUCACAAAACCAAGGAAAACAGACAGUCACUUAAAGAGAGGAGGAACACCAGAGACGAAACAGACACUUGGGCAUACAUUGCUGCAGAAGGUGAUCAGGAGGUUUCAGACAGCGUGUGCCAAGCAGAUGAGAAUUCGGAUGGCAGGCAGCAGAUUCUGAGUUUGGGCAUGGACCUGCAGUUGGAAUGGAUGAAGUUAGAAGAUUUCCAAAAGCACCUUGAUGGGAAAGAUGAGAAUUUUGCUGCAGCAGAUGCAAUUCCAAGUAAUGUGUUAAGGGAUGCUGUAAAAAAUGGGGAUUAUAUUACUGUAAAAGUUGCACUUAAUUCAAAUGAAGAAUAUAACCUGGACCAAGAGGAUUCCAGUGGAAUGACACUGGUGAUGCUUGCCGCCGCGGGAGGGCAGGACGACCUCCUGCGACUCCUCAUAACAAAAGGCGCGAAAGUGAACGGUCGGCAGAAAAACGGGACCACCGCCCUCAUUCAUGCUGCAGAGAAGAACUUUCUAACAACAGUGGCUAUUCUUUUGGAAGCGGGAGCUUUUGUCAAUGUCCAGCAGAGCAAUGGUGAGACCGCACUGAUGAAGGCCUGUAAAAGAGGAAAUUCAGACAUUGUACGACUUGUGAUUGAAUGUGGAGCUGACUGCAACAUUCUGUCAAAGCACCAGAACAGCGCCCUGCACUUUGCGAAGCAGUCCAACAACGUGCUUGUGUACGACUUGCUGAAGAGCCAUUUAGAGACACUUUCAAGAGUAGCAGAAGAGACAAUAAAGGAUUACUUUGAAGCUCGCCUUGCUCUGCUAGAACCAGUUUUUCCAAUCGCAUGUCAUCGACUCUGUGAGGGGCCUGAUUUUUCAACAGAUUUCAAUUACAAACCCCCACAGAACAUACCAGAAGGCUCUGGCAUCCUGCUGUUUAUCUUCCAUGCAAACUUUUUGGGUAAAGAAGUUAUUGCUCGGCUCUGUGGACCAUGUAGUGUACAAGCUGUAGUUCUGAAUGAUAAAUUUCAACUUCCUGUUUUUCUGGACAGUCAUUUUGUUUACUCAUUCAGCCCUAUUGCAGGUCCCAAUAAACUCUUCAUAAGAUUGACAGAAGCACCCUCUGCCAAGGUUAAGUUGCUAAUAGGUGCAUACAGAGUGCAGCUGCAGUGACCAAACAGCAGGGAUUGGGUGGAGUUCUCUUCAGACCUAUUCCUACACUCUCUCUGACAGCAGUUUGGAAUUCUUCUAGCACACCUAUGUAAAGUUUUGUCUGUAAACCUCUUGCAGUUAAGCCUGUUGUCUGUUGUAGUCUGUAAGAUGCGACAUAGCUGUGUCUGUGCCAGUAUGCUGGAAUCUCAGUGCAGUGUCCAGACUGCGUAUUUCAGUUUUUCCACAAUGUGGAUAGUACAUAUGAGGAUUAUUUAAGAAAAUUAAAGACUUACUUUCUUUUUUCUGGAGACGGAGUUUUGCUCUUGUUGCCCAGGCUGGAGUGCAAUGGCACGAUCUCAGCUCACUGCAACCUCCGCCUCCUGGGUUCAAGUGAUUCUCCUUGAAAUUUCUACUAGCCCUGGUGAACUUCUGUGCUUUAAAAAAAAAAAAAAGAAGAAAAAGUUCAGCUCUAAAGCAUUUGCUUACAGCAAGGGGAGCCAUGUUAUAUUCAAGUUACCCAAGCACCAAAUAAAGUGUGGGUUUGCUGCCCCUGAAAGGGUUGGGAGGCCUGAUCUUUUUCUAGUAGACAGUUGCCACACAUUCUGGAGAUGGCAGUCACUUGUAAAUGUGCUGUAGUCACUUGUACACUAUGAGGCCUAAAAGAAUAUUAUAGGCUCACACCUAUAAUCCCAGUGCUUUGGAGGCUGAGGCUGGAGGAUUGCUUAGGCCAAGGAGUUCGAGACCAGCCUGGGUAACACGGGGUGGAACACGCCUGUGGUCCCAGGUACUCGGAGACUGAGGUGAAAGGAUUGCUUGAGCCGGGGAGGUCAAGGCUGCAGAGAGCCAUCAAAAGCCACUGCACUCCAGCCUGGGUGACAGAAUGAGACCUUGUCUCAAAAAAAAAAAAAAAGUUUCUUGGAGUCUAUACGGUUUUUUUGAAAAGCCAGAUCUUGUGCCCCAGUUUUGACCACCAACUGGGAAGAUGGAGCUUAGGUAACGAAGCCUGGCUGCUGUGUGGGAGCCGCCGCCUUGUCUGAGACAAGUUCCUGCUGCUUAAGCAUCAGUCGAGCUCAGGCUGCGUUAUGCAGAAGGUGACAAUUGUUUUGCUCCUCAUUAGUUUAUAAUUGUAUGAAAUAAGAUUUUAAUGAAAACUUUUCAGAAUUCACGUUUGUGUAGAUAUUUCAGAGAACCAUUUUUACUUUACACCCUAACACUGCCUUUUCCUAUGGUUUUGUCAAUAAAACUAUGAUGUUAGUCUGUUUCCUUUUAUA